CACACACACAUAUAUAUAUAUAUACAACAACCGGACCACUGCGCAGCACACAGUGCGCAGUCCGCCGCUGGAGCCUGCACACUAAUCCUCACCCGUUUUGGGAUUUAAAAAAAGAAAACCGCCUCCUCCUCGCUCUCUGUUUAAAUACCCCCCCACGUGCCUCUCCCUCUCUCUCCCUCCCUCUUUUUUUGAUGAUGAUUUGCGGUGAAGAUGCCCUCCUCGUCUGACAUUACCCCCGUUGACCUUCGCCUCCGCUCGGCAGCGUCGAAGCGCCGCUACCGGAGCUCCCCGUCCCCGUCCCCUCCUCCUCCUCCCUCCUCUUCUCCCUCCUCCUCGCUACAUAUAUACAGGUGCUUCAACCGUCGUGUUGUCUCCGCAAAUCAUUGAUUAUUUUUUAUUUUUUUGUUCCACACAUUUUUUAUUUUUUAAAUAAAUCAAGACCGAGGCAGAUGCCCCUCGCUCUGUCAUCCCGGCUUGUACUAUGGUGGAGUUUCCAUCUCUCAGUCCUUACUGGCCUCUCAUCCGCUUUCUGGUGCCGUUGGCGAUCACCAACGUCGCCAUCGACCUCGGAGAACAGGCCCUCAACAGGGGCAUAGCCACAGUCAAAGAGGAUGCGAUCGAAAUGCUGGCCAGCUACGGACUGGCCUACUCCCUGAUGAAGUUCUUCACCGGACCCAUGAGCGACUUCAAGAACGUGGGUUUGGUGUUCGUCAACAGCAGGAGGGACCGGAGGAAGGCCGUGCUCUGCAUGGCGACGGCCGGGGUCAUCGCGUUCGUCCUACACAUCUUGAUAGCUUACACAGAUUUAGGAUACUACAUCAUUAAUAAGCUCCACCAUGUGGAUGAUUCUGUCGGGGGCAAGACAAGAAAGGCUUUCUUAUACCUGGCUGCAUUCCCUUUGUUGGAUGCGAUGGCUUGGAUUCAUGCAGGGAUACUUCUCAAGCACAAGUACAGCGUCAUAGUAGGCUCAGCCUCCAUCUCUGAUGUUGUGGCCCAGAUUGUGUUCGUGGCCAUCCUCCUCCACAGUAACCUAGAGUGUGUGGAACCUUUACUCAUCCCGAUCCUUUCCCUAUAUAUGGGUGCCUUGGUCCGUUUCACCAUCGUUGGUCUGGGUUACUACUGUAACAUUCACGACAACAUCCCAGACUCCAGUGGAAUGGAUGUGGGCGGUGAUGCCACUAUCAAAAAGAUGCUGAGUUUCUGGUGGCCCCUUGCCCUCAUCCUGGCCACUCAGCGUAUCAGCCGACCCAUCGUCAACCUCUUUGUGUCUCGCGACCUCAAGGGGACCGCUGAUGCCACAAAGGCCGUGGCUGUCCUCACGGCCACAUACCCUGUGGGUCACAUGCCCUACGGUUGGUUAACUGAACUGAGAGCAGUGUACCCUGCCUUUGACAAGAACAAUCCCAGCAACAAGAUGAACGCUGGCACCCCGGUCACCAAGUCCCAUAUUAAAAAGUUUACAUCCUGCUGUCUGGCUCUGUCACUCACGCUUUGCUUUAUGGUGUUUUGGACUCCUCAUCUAUCAGAGAAGAUCCUGGUUGAUGUCAUUGGAGUGGACUUUGCUUUCGCUGAGCUGUGUGUGGUCCCGCUCCGAAUAUUCUCCUUUUUUCCCCUGCCAGUAACUGUUCGGGCUCAUUUGACUGGAUGGCUCAUGACCCUGAAAAAGACCUUUGUGCUGGCCCCCAGCUCGGUUCUCCGCAUCAUUGUCCUCAUCACCAGUCUAGUUGUGCUGCCUUAUAUGGGGGUUCACGGGGCCACACUCGGGGUUGGGUCCCUGCUGGCCGGCUUCAUAGGAGAGUCGACAAUGGUUGCCAUAGCAGCGUGCUAUGUUUAUCGACAACAGAAGAACAACGAGAUGUCCAAUGAGCUGGUGGUGGAGGGCGAGGACUCAGCCCCGAUGAGCGAGGUGUGCACCAGGACUCAGAUGGACGCCAUAGAGGAGCUCCAGGAGGAAGAACAGGAGUGAACUCUGACUGCAGGGGAGAGGUAAAGCCGGCCUCCAUGUGGGAUUUUGCUGAAGAAGAGACUGCCGAGUGUUACAGUGCUGGAGAGGGGACCCGGGUAUGGUUUUGGUUUCAGAGGUUCUCCCGACAGACUGAACUUUGAAUAAGAGUGACGAGGUCUUCCUCACGUCGACCUCCACACCGUUAAAAACGCACACUGUAAAGAAAGCCAUGCACCUCCAAUUGUUCAUCCAUCAGUGUAAAUACCGUGACGUCUUCCGACCUUUUCCUCUGUUCUCAUAGUUUUUGCAUCAUCACAUCGGCUGGUGUAUUAACCACUUUCAUGUGUUUACUGGUAAACAAGGGAAAACAACACAGGAGAACUUUUUCCUCCUAGGCAUCGAGAAUGAAACGUCUGUGGAGUGGAAGUGGAGUUGCCAAAAUACAGAGUUCAUUAUUUUAUGUUACUUUAUCAAGAUUAAGCGGCAAGGCCUUGCUUGAAUUCAAAUAUAGACAUGUUGUGGGACUUGUGGGUUGUGCAAUCGUAUUUUACAUACAAACGGUGUACAGAUUAUUGUUGUUUUAUAUAGGUAAUGGAAUGUGUAUAUUUAAUUGCCCGGAGGGGUCGGGAAUCCCUCGUCAUAUCAUUGCGUGUGUUACAGAAUACAGUUAUGAUUGUUCACUUUCCAUGCAGUCUGGGAGUCCAUCUACUUUUUGUUUUGCCAAGCAUUUUCCUGGUAGUAUUCAGGCUGUCGUACGUACUGUAUAUAAUGUAUAGGCAUUCUUAUUUGGCAAAAUAAAUUGCUUUAUUAUUAUUAUUAUUAAUGCUUGUGUUUUGUUGAUGUUGGAUUUUGGGUCCUCAUUGU